GUCACCUCGUUCAGCACCCCGCCCACCCCGGAGCGGAGCACGCGGCCCGCCUUCUUCUCCCCAUCGCUCAAGAGGAAGGCGCCGCGGCACGGGAUGACGGAGAUGAAGAAGUCGCACUCGGCCAACGACAGCGAGGAGUUCUUCCGGGAGGAUGACAGCGCAGCCGACCUGCACAACGCCACCAAUCUGCGCUCCAGGUCGCUGUCUGGCACAGGCCGGUCCCUGGUCGGGUCCUGGCUGAAGCUGAACCGAGCCGACGGGAAGUUCCUUCUCUAUGCACACUUGACCUACGUCACUCUGCCGCUGCAUCGGAUUUUAACAGACAUCCUGGAAGUCCGGCAGAAGCCCAUCCUGAUGACCUAGCGUGUGCAGAGCCUGCCCAGCCCUGGGAGUGCUGCCAAGUGCCUACUGUCCCCGCCACCGGGCUCUUCUGUGACAAGCCAGCGCCGAGCCGCGGCCGGCCGGGGCCGCUGGACUCUGCCAACACCAGCCACACGGAAGUGCCUCGUCCUGCCCGCCCACCCACCAGCCGGAGGGCGCCGCGGAGGGGGGCUGUGACGCCAGGCGCUUCGGCUCGCCCCUCCCCCGCUGGCCACUUGGUCAGAGCCGGCAGCGCAGGGCGCUGGCUGUGCCCCGGGCUGGGACCCCUCACCCCACGCCGGCGCCGGGAAAGGCCUCCUGCUUCCAGCCAAAGAACACCGCCGCCCUGCUGCCCCCGGCCCGCGGACUCCGGCCCAGAUGGCGACCCAAGCCCCCCGUGGGGUUUGCGUUCUGAGGGCCCCCCAGCCUGCCCGGCUCUCAGACCAGCUCACUGAGGCCGAGGGAACAGGCUGGCGGCGCUGCUGUCCCAGUCAGGCCCCGGGGGAGGGGCCUCCGUCUGUGACCCCUCCCCGGGGGGAGGAAGCUGGAUGCGGGGUCUCGGUCGCUGUGGGUGUUGUCUGGCGUCGCGAGGGCGGAGGGGUCUCCGUGGGCAGGAAUGCAGGCGAGGAGCGCGCGCUCCGUCCGUUUUUACUCCGUGGGCUCCGGGAACAGGGGACUGCGUCGGGGCGCUCUCCAGAUUUUGUAUGUUGUUAUUAAAAGCGAGCUAUUGCAUUUCA